AUGGCAGAAAACAUGAGCUCCAAGAUGGACAGUAGCUCCGUGUCCAACAUAUCCCUGCUGGGCCAGGGAGACUCUGUGUCCAAAUCAGUGGAAUAUAAGACUGUGUCCGUGUUUCUGGUGGUUCUGGUAUGUGGUGUGGGAAUUGUUGGAAAUAUCAUGGUGGUCCUGGUGGUCCUCACCACCCGACACAUGCGAACACCCACCAACUGCUACCUGGUGAGCCUUGCUGUGGCUGACCUGACGGUGCUGGUGGCGGCUGGGCUGCCCAACAUCUCCGAAAGCCUGAUGGCCACCUGGGUGUAUGGGCAAGCUGGCUGUCUGGGCAUUACCUACCUCCAGUACCUGGGCAUCAACGUGUCUUCCUGCUCCAUCACGGCCUUCACAGUGGAGAGAUACAUAGCCAUCUGUCACCCAAUGAGGGCUCAUACGGUUUGUACAGUCUCCAGGGCCAAGCGCAUCAUUGCAGGGGUGUGGGCCUUCACCUGCGUCUACUGCAUGCUUUGGCUGUUCCUGGUGGACAUCCAAGUGAACAGUGAUGGACGUGCCCAGUGUGGCUAUCGCGUCUCCCGUGAUCUCUACCUGCCCAUCUACCUCAUCGAUUUCACCAUUUUUUACGUCAUCCCACUGCUGCUAGCUAUCAUCCUGUAUGGCCUCAUCGCACGAAUCCUCUACCUGAAUCCACUGUCCCACCCACCAGAUUCAGGGACCCUCACAGCCCCUGCCCUCAGGAGAAGCUGCAAAGAACCUGCAGAUGCAAGUAAAGGAGGUCACCAAGGACGACCAAAAAGUGCACUCUCAUCUCGGAAGCAGGUCACCAAGAUGCUUGCUGUUGUGGUGGUUCUUUUUGCCUUGCUGUGGAUGCCAUACAGAACCCUGGUGCUAAUCAACUCCUUUGUCAGCACGCCAUACCUGGACGCCUGGUUCUUACUGUUCUGCAGGACAUGCAUCUACGCCAACAGCGCUAUCAAUCCUGUAGUGUACAACCUAAUGUCUCAGAAGUUCCGCUCUGCCUUCCGUGGCCUGUACCGGUGCCAACAGCCAACCAGUCACCAGCGUAGUCUGUCCUCACUACAGACUGGGUACACUAUAGCUAGAGAUGCUCGAAGCACUCACAUCAGCAAUGGCACCAAGGAAACUGUCAAGAGAAUCAGCUCUGGCACUGCCACCCAGGAGCCAAGCAUGGAAAGCCCCAUGGGUGAAAAGAAAGCAGCUACAGUGAAGACUGGUAUUGAUAAUAAUGGUAUAGAUAAGAUACAAGACAAGACAAAUGAAACUGACACAGUCAAGGAUCAAGGUGAUAUUACAAACCUUGCUACUGAAAGAAAAGGAAUUAAAAAAGAAGAUAAUGGUUCUGGCUUGGAGAAAAAGAUUGAUAGCCAAAGCACUGAUAUUAGAAAAGAUAUAGAAAAUUGUAAUAAUAUUAACAAUGGCAUGAUUACAAUGACUCCAGACACUACCCAUCCUAACGCAGAGAAAGCCGUGCCAGCCUCUGAUGAGAUGAAGCCUGCACUUGUCCAUGUUGAGCAAAAUUCUAAGGAAUUGAUCCACAGCACAUUGUAA